AUGUUCGUGCCACAGAAGCCAACUUACGAGUGCGCUCCUUUAGUGUCAACAAACAACAACAACAACAACAACAACAACAUAAACAACGACAAAAACUCCGAGUCCGAGUCCGAGUCCGUGUCCGAGUCCGAGUCCGAGUCCGAGUCCGAGUCCGUGUCCGUGUCCGUGUCCGUGUCCGUGUCCGAGUCCGAGUCCGAGUCCGAGUCCGAGUCCGUGUCCGUGUCCGAGUCCGAGUCCGAGUACGUGUCCGUGUCCGUGUCCGUGUCCGUGUCCGAGUCCGUGACCGUGUCCGUGUCCGUGUCCGUGUCCGAGUCCGAGUCCGUGUCCGAGUCCGAGUCCGAGUCCGAGUCCGAGUCCGUGUCCGAGUCCGUGUCCGAGUCCGUGUCCGAGUCCGAGUCCGAGUCCGAGUCCGAGUCCGUGUCCGUGUCCGAGUCCGAGUCCGUGUCCGAGUCCGAGUCCGUGUCCGAGUCCGUGUCCGAGUCCGAGUCCGAGUCCGAGUCCGUGUCCGAGUCCGUGUCCAAGUCCGUGUCCGAGUUUGUGUCUGAGUCCGUGUCCGAGUCCGUGUCCGAGUCCGUGUCCGAGUCCGUGUCCGAGUCCGUGUCCGUGUCCUCCGUGUCCGUGUCCGAGUCCGUGUCCGAGUCCGUGUCCGAGUCCGUGUCCGUGUCCGAGUUCGUGUCCGAGUUCGUGUCCGUGUCCGAGUCCGUGUCCGAGUCCGUGUCCGAGUCCGUGUCCGUGCCCGAGUUCGUGUCCGAGUUCGUGUCCGUGUCCGAGUCCGUGUCCGUGUCCGUGUCCGUGUCCGAGUCCGUGUCCGAGUCCGAGUCCGUGUCCGAGUCCGUGUCCGAGUCCGUGUCCGUGUCCGAGUUCGUGUCCGAGUUCGUGUCCGAGUCCGAGUCCGAGUCCGAGACCGUGUCCGUGUUCGUGUCCGAGUCCGAGUCCGUGUCCGUGUCCUCCGUGUCCGAGUCCGUGUCCGAGUCCGUGUCCGUGUCUGAGUCCGAGUCCGUGUCCGAGUCCGUGUCCGUGUCCGUGUCUGUGUCCGUGUCCGAGUCCGUGUCCGAGUCCGUGUCCGAGUCCGUGUGCGUGUCCGUGCUGGUGCAGAGAUUACGAAGGAGCACUGCAGAAGCCAGGCAGGCUUCGAAGAGCCCCACUUGGCAGCCCAGCCGGCUGCAGACGUGCAGCUCGCGAUACUCCCACGCGCAUUCGGAGUCGAACAAAUGA